UCCCUUCGGCGGAGCCGCCACGUGGGCAGCGGCUGGGGCUCCGGGAGCGGGUCGGGACCCGUGCGCGUAACCGGGGCUCCCCUGGUGUGUCCCGCCGGGUCCCGCCGCCUGCCGGACGCGCCAUGAGCGUGGGCUUCAUAGGAGCCGGGCAGCUCGCCUUCGCCCUGGCCAGGGGCUUCACCGCCGCAGGAAUUUUGGCUGCUCAUAAGAUCACAGCAAGUUCCCCAGACACUGACCUCCCAACUGUAUCUGGACUGAGGAAAAUAGGUGUAAACUUCACUAUAAGUAACAAGGAAACAGUUAAAAACAGCGAUGUUCUGUUCCUGGCUGUGAAACCUCCCAUCAUUCCCUUCAUUCUGGACGAGAUUGGCUCAGACAUAGAGAAUCGCCACAUCGUGGUCUCAUGUGCUGCUGGUGUCACUAUCAGCUCCAUUGAGAAGAAACUCUCUGCGUUCUCUCCCACCCCAAAAGUGAUCAGGUGCAUGACUAACACACCUGUGAUCGUGCGGGAAGGUGCUACCGUCUAUGCCACAGGGACUCAUGCAGAGGUGGAAGAUGGGAAGCUCCUGGAACAGCUGAUGGCCAGUGUGGGCUUCUGCACUGAAGUAGAAGAGGACCUAAUAGAUGCUGUUACAGGGCUCAGCGGCAGCGGCCCUGCUUAUGCAUUCACAGCCCUGGAUGCUCUGGCAGAUGGAGGUGUGAAGAUGGGGCUUCCCCGCAGGCUAGCUGUCCGACUUGGAGCCCAGGCCUUACUGGGUGCUGCCAAAAUGCUGUUGGAAUCUGAGCAGCAUCCUGGGCAGCUGAAGGACAAUGUCUGCUCACCUGGGGGAGCCACUAUCCAUGCCCUGCACUUCCUGGAGAGUGGAGGCUUUCGCUCACUGCUCAUCAAUGCCGUGGAGGCUUCCUGCAUUCGUACAAGAUGCCUCCUUCUCCUUUGUGGUUCUGCUCUUCCCACUGACUUGACAGGCUCUUCCUGCAGGGAGCUGCAGCACCUAGCGGAUCAGGAGAAGGUCUCCCCAGCUGCCAUUAAGAAGACCCUUCUGGAUAAGGUGAAGCUGGAGUCUCCCUCUGUUUCCAUGGCCUCUGCCAGCAAAGUCAGUCUGUUCAGCAGCAGCUGGGCACCCAACAGCAAGAAGAACUGAAGGGAUGAGGUUCCUCCAGGCACCAGCCCCUGCCCCCCCUGCAUGCACUUUCUUCUCACUCUGUAAAGGAAAAGCUCUAGUCCUAGGCGUUCCCAGCCCCUUGCCUGGCUCUUGGCCUGCAGCAACUUUGGGGGCGGUGCAAAGCUAUAGAAAAGGGACCUUAACUUCCAGCUGAGGGUGGGAACACAGUCACUAGCACUUUCUGCCCUUUGUGGGAGGGCGGUUGCGCCAUCACUGGCACAGCUGGUUGUCAGGGGCACAAAGCGUCUCCUCUGGCCAGAAGGCUGGCUUCUCUGUAAAGUUAGAAUCCACCCCCCAAUCAUCUCCUGGGCAGUAGUCUAUUUUGAUGGGUUUGUUUUAAGGAGUAUCCUGCUGCUACUUGGCUCUGAAGGUUAGAGCGGGGCCCUCAUGGCCCCGUGGCUCCUAUCCCCGUCUCUUUUUCUUCACCGCUCAGAAUUCACAUUUCAGUAGUUGCCUGGUGCAGACCACGUAUCUUCCUGUGCAGAUCUCGGAGCAUGUGUCUCUCUUCCUGUGCCUGGUGUGAUUUGCAGGCCAGGCCAUCUGAACAUCCCCCUCCUGAACACACUGUUGGGCCCCAGCCACUUCUCCUCCUUCAGCACCCUUCCUGGAUGAACAGCUUAAAAAGCCUCAACUCAAGCAAGUGUUCCCUUUCCCUGCUGCCUGAAUAGGGUCCCGUCCCAGCCUUCCCACCACUGAAUACUUAAGGUUUCAUCCCAUGUCUGAAACGCUUUCUCUGCUCCUUAGUGUGUUCUCUACCUGCUGCCCUGGGGGCAGAGAGGGGAAGGGGAAACCCACAGUUUGUCACACCUGGUUCCAGGCCCCAGCAGGAUUUGCCCAUUUCCCAGUGUCUUGUCCAGUUGUGUAUGCAGAGGCUGUCAGACCUUCCCUUAGAGCUGAUUUCACAGGAUUCUUUCAUAUGCAUGUGGUUCCUUUAUAAUUUCAUCUAAUUCCCCAACGUUUACAUCAGUCCUUGAUGGUUUCCAGCUUCACCACCUUUUGUGCUCCAGCUCAAACUGCAAACUUUCUCCACUCUGUACUGCAGCCCCUGUCAGUUCUUCCUCUGGCCCUGCUGCAUUCCUUCUCUCUUUUCCUGCCUCUCCUCUUAUCAGUCACAUGGCCUCCCAUCUCCAGCUCACUGGAAGGUGGUGCACUAAAGGGAGAGAGGAGAAAUGGAGGUGCGUGUUGAAGCCCUGUCCAGUUACAUUAGGAGCUACUCCAGGACCAGCAGCACAGGCAGAUGCCUAUCAAUAUUUCACUCACUGCUUUGUAUGACUCAUUUACAGCAAGGGGCUAAGCUGAUCUAUGUUUACAUAGCUUCCUUGCCCCUGCUGACACCCCUCGCUCUCCGUGCAAACCCUGUCACGCACCAAAGAAUUGCAUGGGGUAGACAACAGCCCCCUGCCCUCCCUUGGGUGCAGUGGAAGCCAGCAGGCAUGGCAAUGAUAUAGAUCAUUUCCUACCUCUAUUCCAACAGAGUGGUGGGGAGAAGAGAGCAGGAGCUGGAAGGAAAGUCUGUCUGCAGGUGCUAGCAUUGUUCUUGAUCUUUCAGCAUCCUGGCUGCUGCUGGCCCCAGAAGGGAGGUGGCAGUGGCACUUCACUUGCUGCGUAGUCUCCUCCCCCCCGCCCAUGGCUUCUGUCUCAGAGCUGAGGUUUACAGUCUGGUGGUGCUGGAGCCUCGUGGGCCAGGCCUAUGUGCACGGAGCUUGGGGCUGAGCCCCAGUGCAGGUAGCAUGUAGGGUGUGUCCUGCGGCGGCUGGGAGAGAGCCUCCCUCCCCAAACAGGCAGACAUGGCUCAGCUCAGAUGACCCACCCUCCUGCAACUGAGGGAAGGGGGCUAGUCAGACUCUGCACAUGUGUUUGUCGUGCACUCUCUCAAGCCUGGCUAGUACAUCUGGCCUGGGCUGGGAGGCUCACUCCCCGCUGCAGUGGAGACACACUGUCAGUGGCACAAAGGUAAAAGCUUUCUCGCUGUCCUGGCUCCUGCUCAGCAGAGGCAGCGUGGGACACUAUUGCUGAAUUAGACACACUUGCUCCCCCUCGCUCUUUCCAGAAUAAACGUUGCUUCUCAGCCUGUG